GCCUAUGAACUGACUGUGAAUGAUCUUUUACUCGUACGGAAAGAAAACCAUGAUUUACGAGCUGCGCAUGAAAAAGAGAAGGAAAAACGUCAAAUAUCUAAGAAACAGAUAUCUACUGAGCAAGGUAUUACUAGAGAGGAAGCCCAAGCACUCGUACAAAGCCAGGUUGAGGCAUCCCAAGCCGUUACUACUACUCCAGGUGAGCCUGAGCUCCCAGCUUCUCAACCAGUCGUACGCCGCCAAUUUCGCUGCAGUGGCUGUGGUGUUGAAGGACAUAAAAUAACUAGAUGUCCUAAUCGUACUAGUAAUUAA